GAGACGCAUACAUCAAACUCAUCUCAGCGCUCCCGAAGAGAAGCAGCAGCCGGAUCAGCUUUACAGCCAGGAUUAACCGCGAAUUAACCCAAAAUGAAAGUGUUUGCCAUCACCUGUGUGACCCUCUUGGCGGCCAGUUGCGCCUUUGCCGCCCCCAGUGUCCAAGACAAUCGGGUCGAGGGCGACAAUACCCUGGGCCGGGCCGCCAGAUAUCUGGGCGCCUGCCUGGAGAGCGACGACAUGGCCACCUGCCUGGCCGUCAAGGGCAUCACCGCUCUCAAUCGCGCCGCCAGGAGCAACAACAUCGAGCUGGCCAGCGGAGUCACCUUCCAGAGAGAUCCCGCCAGCCCUGUGUCCCGCACUGGAAAGUCCCUGAGCGAACAGGAUGUGUAUGCCGAGCUGCCCCAGAACGCCGAUGAGCGUACUGGUCGUCUGGUGGACAUGGCCAUCUCCAGUGCCGCCGAUUUCCUGGGCAGCCACAACCUGGAGUUCAAGCUGCCCGCUGAGACCACCCAGCAGGUGGCUCGUGCCCUCGAUGAAGGCCGCGGCAAGAUCAAGAAGAUGCUGGGACCCGUGGCUCUCGCCAUUGGCGCUAAGUUGUUCGCCGUCAUUCCGUUGGUGCUUGGAUUCCUGGCCCUGUUGACCUUCAAGGCCGUGAUCGUGGCCAAGCUGGCCUUCUUCCUGGCCAUCCUCGUCGGCGGCUCCCGUCUGCUGGGCGGGUUCGGCAACAAGUUCGGCGGCAACUCCAUCGGCGGAGGCUACAGCUCGAACGCCUGGUCCGCACCGGCCAGUGCCGGCUGGAGUUCCGGAGCCGCCUCAUCCUAUCCCUAUGCCCGCAGCAUCGGUGCCGAUGAGUCGGAGGCCCAGCAGUUGGCCUAUGCCGGCCAGCAGCAGCAGUGAGCUGGGAAAUUGGCCAGGAGAUGCCACCGAUGUGCCUUCGUUUUGAAACCUUUAGUCCGUAGUAAUUUAUUCGAAAUGUAAUUAACUAAUUUAUUGCCGCACAACGCACACACAGUCAAGUCGAAUGUUUGAAUAAAACCAAGAGUAUUGCAACCGAAA